GAGCGCAAAACGUCCCCCCGUCCGACGACAACGCGGAAGCAGCUCUGGCCCCGCCCCGCGGAGAGGAGGCGUGAGAGCAGAGGAGAGGGCAACUCUACUGGGCUGUGCAGGAAGAGAAAGAGUGCACACCAUGAAGGUCCUUCUCCCUCCGCUGACGCCGUUCCUCGUCUUCCUUCUCCUAACUGACGACACCCUGUCCAGCAAUUGCCCGAAGGACUGCUCCUGUUCCACGCCGGAGUCCAUCUUAUGUUUCCAGCGACGGUCCUCCACCAUUCCCCAGGGAAUUCCCCCAGCCACAAAGAGCCUGUACCUGUUUGCCAAUGGCAUUGAGGGUUUGACUAGAGAGGACUUUAAUGGUCUGGAUAGCCUGGAGAUGCUGGACCUCAGUCAGAACAAACUGACUGAGCUUCCUGAGAGGGUGUUUGAACCUUUAUCCUCUCUGAACAACCUGGACUUGUCGUCGAACCAGAUCACUCAUAUUUCUGAGGGAUGCUUCCAGGGUAUGGUACUGCUGGAGCGUCUCUAUCUGUACAGUAACCACAUCAAGACUAUCCAUCCUGCAGCCUUCAAUGGCUUGGAGCAGCUACUCGAGCUAAAACUGCAGGGGAACCAGCUCACAUCUCUCCCUACUCUCUCCAUGCCCCAACUGCUACUUCUAGACCUUCGCUUUAAUGUGCUCCCCUCCCUGGGUCCUUCAGAUCUCCAAACCCCCAACCUUGAGUCCCUGAAGCUAGCUGGGGUGGGGCUCAAAAACCUGGAUGACGAGUUGAUGGCUAGUCUGGGGAACCUGCAUGCGCUGGACAUAUCAGGAAACCAGCUGGAGACAUUCCCUCCAGCACUGAAAGAGGCAAGGGAGAUGAUCCAUCUCAGCCUGGCUGGGAAUCCUUUAGGUCCUCUGAAGCUAGAAGACCUGCAGAACUUGGGGGAGCUUCAGGAGUUGGACAUUAGCAGCCUCAGUCUGCAAGGCAUCCCUGAGGAUUUCCCCCAGCUUUUCCCUCACAUUAAGAAGCUGACUGUGGCUGAAAAUCCCUUCAACUGCCUUUGCACCCUCGCCUGGUUCCCUAGCUGGCUGAGAACUAGGGGCAUUACCCUGGAGCGGACUGAGGAGACUCGUUGCCACUUCCCACCUAUCCAUGCUGGAAAGGUUCUGGAGAGGCUGGAACACAGGGAAUUCGGUUGCCCUACCACAACCACAGUUACCACCACAGUCAAGACCAGCACUACUGUGUCUGUCCCACUCACCACACUCUCAAGCACAACUAGGGCUUUUGUAGCACUUAAGCCUAGUGACAUGCCGUUGGAUGCCGCAGAUGACUCUCCCUUGCCCCCUGUCCCUGCUUCUCCCAGUAGUAGUAGCCUGGACCCGGAUAUGGAGCAAUGGUUUUGUCCUUCUACCACCUGCCUGAAUGGGGGUACUUGUCGAUUGGACCAGCGGGGUCAGGUGGAGUGUACCUGCCCACAAGGCACCUCUGGAAUCUACUGUGAGAUCCGUAAUAAUCAUCUACCCCCAUCACCUGAAGAUGAGGUGUCCAUGGCUCCUGUCACUGCAGAUGAGCCAGACAUCAGCUCACUUCAUGUGACCUCUACCUCCAUCCUGCUGGACCUUCACCGCUACAUUGAAAUGCGGCCCAACAUCCGUGGAAUACGUCUCACCUAUCGUAAUCUAUCUGGGCCUGACCGCAGGCCGGUGCAGCUCAGUGUGCCUGCAUCCUACCCAGAGUAUACACUUAGAGGCCUGAGGCCUAACUGCACCUACACUGUGUGCGCCAGUCCACUAGGUGCACCUAGUGGUAUGGACAGUGUCUGCACUGAGGCCCAUACAGCUGCUCAGCAGCAUAGCACCACAGGGGCACAGGUAAAGGACAAGAGGCUCACCACUAUGCUCGUGCCCGCCCUGGCCAUCUUGCUGCUUUUGGUCCUGAUAGCAGCCUCAGUGGGGGUUGCGUGUUACCUUCGAAGGAAGAGAGCCAAGGGCAACAUCGACCUAGACUGUGAGCCCUCCCAGCUGGAGCUUGAGGGAGUUAAGGAUGGUUUAGACAAUGGAGCAUUGCCUCAAAAGCACCCAGAACUCAUGAUCCCUGAGCCUGCUGUGCAGAAUGGCAAUCUUGAGUAUGAGGUGUUGCUACUACAGGAUCACUGUACAUCAAACAACAACAUGUCUUCUCACAAGCCCUCCUACUUCUGACACCCAGCUUGGUGUUAUCGAGACUUUAAGCAGGAUUUUAUUCCUUUACGCCGUUCUCCCAACUGGUGAACUACACAAACCAGCUAGUUUUGCUGGUGACAGUGAAGGAGAGCAUACCCACCAGCCAACCUGCAAUGGAGAAACUGAACAUAUAUUUAUCUCAACUCACUUCAGUUGUCUAAACAGACAUUAAACCAGUUCUAAAGGAUUUUUUUUGGACAAAAACCAAACCCCCCCCCCCAAAAAACAAACUCAAAGUGCCUUUAUUCCAUUUACAUAUGCUGCAUCCUGCCCGUUUCUUCAUUGUUCAUCAUCGUUCUUAUUCAUCAUUGUUGGACUGGCGAUCUCUCAGCUUGCCUGCUAAUAGCGAGCAGGGCCAAGGCCAAGUAACGCUGAGACAUCUGGUGUCAUAAUCAUUGGCUGGACCUCAGGGUCAAAGGUCAGGCGCCCUCCUUUGUGUGUUCAAAAGAAGGUAUGCACUGAAAUGAGGCUACGGUGCCAUUUCCCUGCAGUGAUGACGGGACAGCAAACUGACUUUUCCGCUACACGUUGUAGCACCUCAGCACUACCCGAAGGGACGAGUGCUCGCUGUGAAUGACCUUCAAGUCACAAAAUGAAGAGAUGUAACUUUCAGUCAAAAUGUCUGACGCUUGGAGUGCUUUAUUUGGAUGUAGUGCUCUCGUGAACUUGUUCUCUCUUGUUUUUGUAUGUACAUUUUUUUUUAUACUUGUGUCUUGAUAUUGCUUCUUUUUUUUUGUCCUUGCUUAACGAGUGUGCGACUAUUAACCAGCCCUGGCCCCCCACUCCGUGUGAUUUACAGACAGACAAAACAGCAGAUUAAAAUCUUUGAAGAUUAAACCGCAUUUUGUACCAGCAAAGUCAAUCAAAGAGCUUUACCCCGAGAGUUGUCAGACAGUCUAAGCACAUGUAAGUCUGGGCGGCCUCAAGGCUAAAUCCCCCUUCCCCGUUCCGCGACCCUCGCCCUCCUUUCCCCGCCGCGAAACAAGCAAGAGAUUACAGAUGUUACAAAGGGAAGCGGUCGGCUGAACCAGCCCUGCUUGUUUCAGCGCUGCGACGGGCGUCCGCCGUCCUUCCGGGGGGGCUCGCUUCACGUUCCCGUGACGAAGCCCUAGCAGAGAACGUCGAGGAUUUUAUUUAUUGUUUAUAAUCCCAGCGAGCAGAGACUCGGUCGCAGCCCUCGACCACAAAUCGCGAAAGAACAUUCGAGAUGGCCUGCGCAGGGGUUGUGUACUGUUGUUUCCCCCAAGGUAAAAUUAGCCUCUUCGGCGCACCGUAAAAAUUCACUUCGGCAGAAAAAAAGGGGGUUUUGGUCCUGCUCGCUUGCAACCAACCAGACAGACUAUGAAAAGUCCAGACGUAGUAGCACGGUGCACGGUGUUUAUUGGUGCUCUGGGCUGAGGGUAGCAGAACUUGUACGAGCGGCGUUGGGAGACCUUCGAGGACUGUUGUGGAGACGCAGAUCCAAAUCUGUGAAUGAGGAGAGAAGAAGUGCUCAAAGUAGCCUUUCAUGUGUCUGCUGCUACCCUGCUCCCGGUGUGUGUGCGUGCGGGUGUGUGUUUGUGUGUGUGUGCGUGAGUGUGUGUGUGUGUGUGGAGCAGAUGCAGCAGAUGCAGCACAUCUCUUGUCAACAUCAGUGAUAAAUGCUGCAGCAUGCUCCGUCUUGUGCGGAGACCUCAAGACCGUCAGGUUGCUACCGUCAUACCUUGACGGUUAAGCCGAGUUGAGGAGUUCAUUAAGGGCCCCUCGGUACGCCGCCUACUCGCCCCACGAAAACGCAACAACAAACGUCUGCAAAUCUCGUCGGAAUCUCAAGGGCGCAACCACAACGGCGAUUCUGCCGCCCAGAUAUCAUCGAAAACCACAAACGCAACUGGAAUAUUAUGACUGUAAAAUCAGGAUACAUUGAAGAUGAUGCGUUCUCUUAUGUGUUCGUCCAUUUUUCCCUGUUUAUUUUGGGAAGCUCUGUGUUUUGUAAGUCUUUUUCAAUUCAGUGAACUUGUUUGUACAAAUGGGAAUACGCGAUAUUAUCAUGAGGAAAACCGAAUAAAUGAAUAAUGGUGAUAACGACA